UUUUGUGAUUUUUGUUUUACAGAUGUACAUAAUGUGGACUUAUUCUGAAAUAUAUGUUUUUAUUUUUUAAUAAAUUCGAUUAUUUUUAACUAAUAAAAUGGCUUUAUUGUUUUUGGAGGAGGAUCCUUGGUUGACAGAAUAUGAAUCUUGUGAAAAAUUGUAUCGAGAUAUUAUGGAGCAACUUACCUUCAGACAACAACAUUCUAGAACAAGUAAUACAUAUUCUCAAAUAUCAGCUAAUGUACGACUUCGUUUAAAACAGUUUAAUAAUGAAGUGGGUCAACUGAACCAAAAACUAGAAGUAAUUACGAAGUCUGGAAAUAUAACAUUAGCGGAAUCAGAAAGGCGCACCAGACAAAUUGAAGUAUUACACUCUAAAGCCAUUCAAAUGAAAAAAAUUUUUGAGGAACAGGUUAUAAGUAAGUUAAAUGAAGAUAGGCACCAGAUCAUUGGCCCGAGUACUUCAGAAUGGGCUAGUUCAGGCGAUGAACGAGUUAACAAUACUUUUUCCUCAGUUACGGAUUUAAAAACAAAUCAAAAGAAAAUGCUAGAAGAACAAGAAAGGGGCCUGGAGAACUUAUCUGACGUAAUAUCGAGACAAAAAAAUAUAGCACAUACCAUAUCCAGUGAAGUUGACUUCCAUAAUGAAAUAUUGGAUGGCUUAGGCAAUCAAAUGGAACAGACUAAUGAGAGAGUAAGAACUGAAACUCGCCAUAUUGAUGUAGUGGGUAAUACUGACAAAACGUGUAUAUACUGGGUUGUUAUUAUAUUACUAUUUAUAAGUAUAAUCGCUGUAGCUGUAAUUUAGCAAUAAUAUAUUUUAAAAUAUC